AUGCAGAACUGCCACAUCAGCAUCUCAGGAUCUUUGCGUCAGGCAAGACACUUCGCCACUGCGCCAAGUGUUAAGGGCGUGUGCGAGAGCGAUUGGCGGAGGUCGGAGGAGCCGGUGACGCAGAUUGGCAGCUGUACUUCGGUCAGUCGUAUUGAGAAGCCCAUGGCGCAGGGUCCUCCGGGCGGAGUCAUCGGGGUCCUGGGAGGGGUGGUGGCCAUCGGUCUCAUCAUUGGAGUGGGGGUGACUGUUUUCAUGGUCCAUCGACGACAGCAGAAGACUCGUACUGAGACAGAUAAUGACCUGACCGACCUCCCACCUGCACACAAGCCUGCCCCACCCAAGAAGAAGAACAGCGACAUGAAGGGCCACUUGACUUCUGACGACAUACAGGUGGUUCAUCUGGACAAGGAAGAGGAAAUGCAGAAGCUUCCUCUCCAGCCUCCUUAUUACGACAUGGCGCCCUCUGAGUCCACCGCCUUCACUGAUAAGCCGAACUCUGGCCACAAGGACUGUGAUGUCCAGUAUGCGGAGCUGGAUACUGCAGCUUUGGCCUCCUCUCCCAGCCCACGAAGCUCAGCUCACACUGGCCCUGGGGACCUUGUCGAGACCCCGGGAGACGUCCAGAGGAGCUGUUGAACCCGGGUGAAUACAUCAACUACCAGCCUGUGUGCAACAUGGGGGAGCCCUACCCCGAACCCCCGCCCGCUCAGCCUUACCCCCCUGUCACC